UCUAUUUGCUUUGUGUUUUCGCUCGCUCUCGUUCAUAUUUCUAUGUCAAGCAAAAAGCAAAGCAAGUGCCUCUUGUAACUUUUAACGUUCGUACACGCCCAACGGUACUAAGCAAACUUUGUGAUUUUAUAAACACCAAUUAUGAUAAUCAUCUGAUAUCUUGAAUUAUUUGUUUUGUUUUAUGUUGUCGAGUUAGUGACGAAUUUAUAGUGAACAAUGUCUGUAAGCGCUAGUGCUGAAAAUCUUUCAACCGACGCACAGAGUUGCGAUGGAGGUUCCAUGUGUCUGGAACUGGCCUUGGAAGGGGAGCGUCUCUGCAAGGCGGGCGACUGCCGCGCGGGCGUCGCUUUCUUCCAGGCGGCCAUACAGGCGGGCACGGAUGACUUGCGCACGCUCAGCGCUAUAUACAGCCAGCUGGGAAACGCCUACUUCUACCUCGGAGACUAUACGAAGGCUAUGCAGUACCAUAAGCAUGAUCUGACAUUAGCUAGGACAAUGAAUGACAAAUUGGGUGAAGCGAAAGCAUCGGGCAACUUGGGAAACACACUGAAAGUUAUGGGCAAGUUCGCGGAGGCCAUACAAUGCUGCACCAGACACUUGGAGAUUUCCAGAGCUCUCGGGGACAAACUGAGCGAAGGCAGAGCCCUGUAUAAUCUCGGGAACGUAUAUCAUGCCCAAGGGAAGCAGUUGGGGAGAGUCGGGCAAAACGAUCCGGGACAUUUCCCGCAGGAGGUGCGGGAAUGUCUGCAGCAGGCGGUCUCUUAUUAUGAGGAGAACCUAGACCUGAUGCGUAGCCUCGGGGACCGCCAAGCCAUGGGUCGAGCAUGCGGUAACCUUGGCAACACCUGCUACCUCCUGGGCGACUUCACGCGCGCCAUCCGCUACCACACGGAGCGUCUCCAGAUAGCCCAGGAGUUCGGAGACAAGGCGGCCGAGCGACGCGCCAAUAGCAACCUGGGCAACUCACACAUAUUCCUGGGACAGUUCGAGAAUGCGGCUGAACAUUAUAAAUUGACUCUAGCCCUCGCCGAAGAGCUAGGCGACGCCGCAGUGGAAGCGCAAGCAUGCUACUCCCUCGGGAACACUUACACUCUUCUCAGAGAGUACAGGAUCGCCGAGGAAUACCACACGAGACAUUUGAACGCGGCGAGGCAGCUCCAAGACCGAGUAGGGGAAGGCCGCGCCUGCUGGUCCCUAGGGAACGCCCACGCCGCCCUCGGGAACCACGAGAAGGCGUUGUAUUACGCGAACGAACAUUACAAUAUAUCGAAAGAGCUCGGCGACGUACUAGGCAUGGCUACAGCUCAGAUGAACAUCGGGGACCUUCGCAAGGUGCUCGGGAUGCCGGCGGAGGUGGAGUCCCCGCCGCCGGUGGUCGACGAAGAUCAGACUCCGAGGACGCCCUUCAACGCGCUCAGGGUCCGGCGCCAGAGUAUGGAGCAACUGGCGCUCAUACAGAUAACCCCAGACAACAAGAAGAAGGAUAGCGAGCAAGACACUGAAAAGAAACAAGAAGUGGUACGAACUGAGUCAGAAGAGAACCCGGUGGAGUCUUUCUUCGACCUCCUGAGCAGAUGCCAGUCGGAGAGGAUGGAUGAACAGAGGGCCACGCUCAACGGGAACAAGGAGAACCGACCUAAACCAAAGAAUAAUAAGCUGCAACGAUCGGCCAGUAGUGGGAAUAAGAACACUGGAUCAAACGACGCCAUGUUGGACAUGAUAACAGACCUCCAAUCGGAGCGUAUCGACUCGCAACGCGCGGAGUUGCGGCCGGCCAAGAAGUUGUCAAAGGAGAGCAAGGGAACCUCCCUCCCCGGGUUGCGUCCACAGCAGACCACGUCCGCGAAACCGGAGGACGAUUUCUUGGAGAUGAUAGCGCGUGUACAAGGAUCAAGAAUAGAAGACCAGCGGUCGGAAUUGCCGCGGCCUAAACCCGAAGAGCGGCCCAAAACCGUUCCCGAUGACGAUUUCUUCGCGCUACUGAUGCGCGCGCAGGCUGGCCGCAUGGAGGACCAGCGAGCUACGAUUCCGCUACAGGAGAGCCGCCAAAACAAAGGUGGUUCAAAUUCGAAGAAAUAAAUUUAUCAAUACUAAUUCACGGUCCAAUGAAUAAUCGCUGCCGAAGUUGUGAGAAACAUAUUGCUUUGUACGUUUUAAUUACAGAAUAAAAAUCUAGUAGACAUUGCAAAUGUAUCAUCCGACCGAGCGACCACCAUAUUGUUAGUUAUAGUUGUUAGUUUACUUGAAUUCACUACUAGAUUUCUGUCCUGUCAUUACUGAAGUUACAGUAGCGUCCUAUACGUUACAUCGAAAAUUUUAAACAACUGUCGUGUGCCAAAAUGAAAGUAAAAAUUGUCUACGUACAAUAAUUUGGUACUUGACACUUUACUGCUGGGUUGAAAUAUUUUAUUUGAAAAAGCUUGAUAGACUAAUUUUUAAUUGACAAAUGCACUGAGCAUCAGCAUACUUUGGUUCACUUAUUUCAUAAUUAAAAACAUGAAAUUUACUUAUUUUAAUCAAUAUUUGAUGUUUUUAAACACAUUUUUUUUAACUAAACGGCAAGCAACAGACACGUCUUAGAUAUUGGGUUAAUAACUAGACGAUAUUUUGUAAUUCUCGAAUCAUGUAAACAGUUACUGGCACUAACUGUUAUAACCCUAGGUAUUUCUUAAUAUGUAAAUGUAAAUUUUACAUUUUUUUUUUUUCAAUGUUUGAAAUAAGCAGCUAUUACAUUAAAUUGCCUCUUACACUUCAUACACAAAGAAGGUAUGGUGCAUAUAAACGUCGCUAUACUAAUAGCUGUUAUACAUAUUACAAUAAUUAUAACUUUGUUUAAAAAAAAUACUUAAAAUAUAUAUAAAAGACUCAGAAUCCUUUUUUCAUACAUAUAGCCAAUAAAUAAUCUGGUGAUUAAAAAGCCAUUACGUAACGUCUAUUUAUGAGAGUAAAUAUUGUUUGGGCCUCCUAAGACUACUUAAGGUUACUUUUUUUUUAAAUAAUAGGCAAGUCCACGCGUAUUGACCAGCCUCGGAAGGCAUUUUCCACGCGUGUAAAAGGCUCGUUUAAAAGGUGUUAAAACAAAUUGCUUGUAACUUGUGAGGCCUUCUUGGAGUCAACAAAUAAUCCGUUUUACUCGUUGCUUUUAAAUUAAUUUAAAAAAAAAAUGUAUAACGCCAAUAAUUAUAAGUGUCGCUGUAUUUGUGACAUAUAAUAACGAUUUGUUACAUUCCAAUCUAUGCAUGCAUUUUUCUACGAUAGUCAUCAUCUCAUCGUCAUUUUAGAAAGUCAUUUUAUUACAAUGAGACGACUACAGUUUGACCUCCGUAACAUGUUGACAGAGGAAUCUGACCAUACAUUAAAUAAAUAUAUUUAGGACAAUGACAAUGAGAUUUACACUGAGGGACGCGAGACCAUGCUACGCCUAAUCGUCAUGACCCAACCAAUAAUCGAACCCGGGCCCGGUGGUUGAGAGGCAAGAAUCUAACCACUGCCCCACAUGCGAUACUUCAUAUUGUCAUUUAUUGGUUUAUUCAUAAUAAUAUCACAUAUACAAUGCAAGGUGUAUAAUAAUCUUUUUGCCUUAAAAUAAUUUCAAUGAAAAAAAUAACUUAAAAGUAAGUACAAUGAAAAUCAUGUGUUUAACAAGCAUUUCACAACUUCAUCUUAUAAGUUUUAACAAACGUAUACUCAUUUAUGAAUUUAAUUUAGUUUUAAUCUUACUAUAAGUACUAUUGCGUCGAUUAUUUGAAUCCACUAUGUAUAUUUUACUUCUUAUAAAGUAAGUUUCUGUUGACAGAGUAGCAAGUAGUCCUGUUUUCAAUAGCAGAAGCUGUUAAAUAGUCCAAAUUAUGAGAGUACUAAAUACUGAACAAUUUUCGCGUUAUCUUUAAAUAUAUUUAAUAUUACCAGCUAAGAUGUAUUUUUUUUUAUAAACAAUAAACUAACACCAGCGCUCAGCUGAUUGGCCAACAAAUGCUGACGCAUACAUCAUUGGUCAAAAUUUGUUGGUAAGUUGUUCAUUUACUCAUUAAAAGCUGAAUGGAAUAUCCACAAUGAUUCCAUCAUAAAAUGUUCGGAUUGUAAAGACGUGAUGGGAAACGGGGACAACUUGCUACAUGUCCAUUUAAGAGUAGGGUUAAGACUAGGACUGUUUAAUUAUAAAUACUUUUAUAUAAUAUGUUUUGCUAUAGGUCGCUCCAAUUCGGCAAUAACCUAAUGUAAGACUAUACAGAGGCCUAGACAUGUAUGAUUAUUUUUAAGAAAUUGUGUGAUUCAGCCUGUAUCUAGCUGAAAACAAAGCUUAUUUUAAAAAUAUUUUAACUUCUUAUAAAUUUUUUAGUGAAGUCUCAGAACUGAUAUAGGAUUUCACGUGACCCCGAAAUAUAAAUUCAUUAUAGUCUGAUUUACAUAAUGUUCAUAUUGAAAGGGUUAUAACGCCAUUUUCGUCGUAUUUCCUAGACACCUAAAAGAGCAACUUCAAUAUCUAUAAAAAAUUAAGACCUGAAAAUCUAUUAGAUCUAAAAUUAUCAACAUGGUUCGUAUAUAAAUAUUUUAAAAAUACCGGCUAAGUACGAGUUGCGCUCGAAAAAUAAGUUUAAUUUUAUUACUUAAAACUUUAUUUUAAAAGCAUUUUUUCAUAAUCUAUACAAUACAUUAUCUAUAAGUCAAACUUUGUGUUAAGCAGAGAACUUAAUGCAUAAAAGAAUACGGUGGCAAACAUAUUUAUCGCAACCACUGAAUAACGAUGAAAUUUGGCAUAAAUAUAAUUUAGAAGACAUCUGCAUCAUUCUUCAAUUUCAGAGAAGUCAUCAGAUUAUUAAAUUUUAAUCAACAAUAACGUAACUAACAUUUUUUUAUUUGUUACAGUUAAUAAAAAUACACUGUUUUGGUGCAUUAAAAUUUUUAGAUACUCGUGUUUAAAUCCGCCAUUUUAAAACAACCUAAUAUUAAUGUAAUACCUAUACGUAGAAAAUCUAUGUCUUGAAACUGUAUUUACACAAUAGGAUGGUUAUGAAAUUAAAAUAUUUAUUAAAUUCCUGUAAUAAAAUAUAAGGUUAUAUUCUCUAAUGGAAUUGACUAAUUAUUAAUGUUGCACAGUGUUGAUAUUUUAUAGAUAAAAUUAAUUGGAAACUAUUAAUUGAAUUGUAAACUGUACAUAAAUAAUUUGAUGUUUAGGAUGAGAUAUAGUUCUAUUCUGUCUGAAACCUACAAUUUACAUGUUUAAAUAAAAUAAAUAACCUAUCUGUGUCCUAAAUAGAACCCCAUAAAAUAUUAGUAGCAUAUUUAAAGUAAUUGUAUUUUAUUCCUAACAACAAAAAUCCUCAUAGUCGGGUCGUAUACUUCACCAAAUUGUAAAGAUACUUUUCAUUUCUACUGUUUGUCAUUUAACCUUAUUUGAUGCUCGUUAAAUCUACCUCUUUGGUGGAGUGAGAUCAUAGAAUCAAUAAAUACUACAAGUAUUGAACGUGCACGUAACGUACCUUUAAUUUUAUUUCGGACCAUUCGAAUUAUGUUACCAUGAGCCGUGGUCACCGAGCGAAAAUAAAGGUACCUUACAUGCUUGUUUAAUACCUGUGGUAUUUAGAAACAGUAUACUUAAUGCAACGCGAAAGUUUUAAAUCAGUCAUAGAAAUCUGAUUACAUUAUUCCGAAUUCUAUGAUGAUUUCUCUACCAAGCAAAUCUAUUCAAUAUAGGUAAAAAUACUCCAAGUAUUGUGAGGUAUUGUUAUUCGUCUAUAAAAUAGUUACUGUUUAACUUAUUGUGGAUUUUUGUCUAUGCAACCGUUUCACAUUAAUAUUUUUCGUACGAUAUACAUUUGAUGUAAAUAUGUAUAAUUGUAUAACUAUGUCGGUAAGCUGUAUUAGCUGAUGAUUGGGUUUGGACAACUGGGUUUUUUCUAAGGCUUUUCUGACUCAAUGAGAGUUGUAAAAAUACCUACGCAAAUUAAGCAAGUCACAUUGUGAGAUGAGCCUAUGACUGGUAUACGCUUCGAUUAUUCGAGUAUUAAAGUCAUUUGUCCAUUCACAGAGCGUCGGUGGUCGAAUCGGUAAGGUGCCCGGACGAAACGCGUGUGGUGCAAAAAGGCACAGCUUCAAAUACCACCUUGGCCAUGUACCAAUGACUAUUAUCAAAUGUAUGUACAUUAGUUUAAAUAUUAACCGAUGCUCUUACGGUGAGGGAAAACAUCGUGAGGAAACCUGUAACCAUGGAUCCAAUACUGGUUAGGUUUACCUGCAAAUCUUGCGAAGGUCAAAUGGGAGCCGUUUCGUGAAAAAUCCGACUAACUCAAUCAAAGAUCCAUGUUUAAAGGGCAUUCCCUGGGCUCGUCUCCAGGAUGCAGCCAGAAGUCAGGAGGAAGGAAAGUCAUUUGUCAAUUCUGUUAUAGUGAUUUAGUAAAAAUAUUUAUUUUAAUAUCAGUCCAAACUCUAGUAAUGUAAUGAGGUAGUGACGAAUGAAUGUUCGAAUGCGCUAGAAUCUACUCACACUAAACAAAGGGUAUACCAGUCAUUUACUUGAGAAAUGUAAGGUUAUAUGCUGACAUUAUUAAAUCAUGUUAAAUUUGUAGCACCACUUUUCGUCGACGUUAAAUAGUUAGAUAUAAUUAAUAAAACGCAACAACACUCGUAGGACUGUUAAUAUAUUUUGAAAUUGUUGAUGUUUUCUCCAAUUAGUAUAGGUAUUAUUGUCACGAAAUUUUACCAUUUUAAUAAUUAAACAUAGAGUUAUAGACACAUUGUUACAUACUUUAGUUUAUACUCUAGCUGUUUCUUGUGGCCAAGCUUACUUGGACUUAUAAAUUUAAUAAUUACAAUGAACUUUUUAAUGUAGUAUCAUGUUAAAAACCUGUCCAGUUUUAAUUUGAGAAUGAUUUCCCGAAUGGGAAAUGUACACGGAAAAUAUACAAAUACGUUUUACAUUCUACUUCCUCCUGAUGUUAAUUCUCACCACUCUGAAAGGAGCCCAGGGUACGCCUUUGACCAUGGGUCCUGGAAUAUUAUUAUUAUCCUGUACUUCUUAUACUUAACAUUUGUAUCUCUCCAACUCUGGUUUAUCAGGACUGAUAGAUUUUUCAUUAGAAUUCUAGCAUUUAAUUGCUAGCUUUAUAUACUGAUAACUUGUUUGAUCUCCUGCUAAUGAAAAGACUAAACUUUUUGGAUCAAUACACCAAAUAGACUAAAAUGAAUGCCAAAAUUGUUUCUUAUAUGUAUACGAGCAUGUUUUACAAAGUACACAUACUGAGAAAAAUACUUCGGUUUUUGAUCCCGCUGGAACCAGGGACAUUAACUUACCUACAUUCCUAUUAAAUAAAAUUCGGUCAAGUUUUUUAUUUUCUUUGCAUUUAGAAGUCAAAUAAAAUAGAUUAUUUUGGCACAGUAUCCCACAACGCAUUGAUUACGAUUUUGUAAAGCAAUAAAGCCUAAUUUAACAGUAAACUUCAAUGGUAUUUUUAUUCUUUAUCGCAAAACAUUGUAGAAUAUGCUCUUCUGCCUAGGUACAUGUAUUUCUAAGAGAUUGUUAUAUAUUAUAGGCUACUAACAAAUGCCAAAUUAUUCAAUAAAUUAUAAUUAUUA